CGGACGGAAGGGAAAGCACACGGAAGAGGUGGGAGGAAGAGAAAAGUGUUGUUCAGUGGAGAGAACGUGUGGCUUCCGGUUGCUUUCUUCUUUCACCGCCGCGAUGUUCUCUCGUGUUUCGAGUCUCGGGCCCAACCGCCCCCUCUUCCUUCGUCUUCCCUGCAUCCCUGGUGGCUCUGAAGCGGCUAUGGAGACUCGGGGGCCGUGGUCUCUCCCCGGCCAAGCCAGGACAGAAUACAAAAUCCAAAGAUAUUUUGGUACAAGCAGUGUGGUCUACAGAAAGAAAAAUAAGUCUUUUGUUCCUGUUGCAAAGAUUUCUGACAAUAUUCCAAAGAGCCAGAAUGAAAAAAAGAAAAAUGCAAGUAACUUGUUGAAUAUUAUAAAGAGUAUGAAAGUUGAAUUAAAUACAUCAGACAUGUUAGAGAACAGAAAACCUCAUACAACCAAUAAACAAAAGAAGGAGGUUAAAAACUUGGGGAGGACAAGUAAUGUAAGUCAGAAAGCUGUGGAAGAUUCUUCACCUGAGAGUCACCAGUCGCUGAGUCCCGAAUUAGUGGCUGCUGCAACUGCUGUUGCUGAUUCUCUUCCUUUUAACAAACAAUCAGUCAAAUCAGAGUUGCUGGGUCAAUUGAGGAAACAUGAGAAAGACUUCAAAGCACACCAAGGAAAAGAAACAGUUAAAAUAAGUUUCAGUGACAUAAUUUCAGAUAUGAAGAUUGCCAAGUCAUCUGCCCCUCGAACUUAUGCCAGGCCAGACCGUCAAAUUCAGUUUGAUGAAGAACAUGGAUUUUUGUCUGCGAAAGAAUUGGGAGAUCUUAAUCCUAAGAAGAGGAAAGGAUUAUUCACGGGGAAGAGACUUAAUGUUUUCCCUGUGGAUGAAACAACACCUGAAGAGAUACCUGAAACAGAAACAUCACCGACACUUUGGGAUGUGGAAUUUGCUAAACAAUUAGCCACAGUAAGUCAACAACUGCCCCAGAAUGCUCUUGAAGAGAUGAUCCAGUGGACAAAAGAAGGAAAACUUUGGACAUUCCCAAUUAACAAUGAAGCUGGUAUUGAUGAUGAUGGUGCUGAUUUUCACGAACAUAUAUUUUUGGACAAAUACCUGGAAGGUUUUCCAAAACAAGGCCCAAUUCGUCAUUUCAUGGAAUUAGUUACUUGUGGACUCUCAAAAAACCCAUUUCUAACUGUUAAAGAAAAAGUUGAGCAUAUAGAAUGGUUUCGGAAUUAUUUCCAUCAAAAAAAGGAUAUUCUUGAAGAAAAUAACAUUCAAUUUGGUUGAAAACAUGGACAUUUUUAUUCUUUUGGAGAUGGACACUAUCACAGAAUAAAUAGAAAUUUCACUUUUCCCUUUAAGUUAACUUGUGGUAAAUAAUUAUUGUAAUUGAUUUGCAUUACAAAAACAUUAAAUUGUUUAAGAGACUAGC